AUGUCGACCUAUACUAUUUACCAUUACAAUACAAAUAACUUCAAUGCAGGAUAUGAUGAUCUGAUUAAUGACUAUCCCAAUCAAUUCUCUAAUCCUGAAAAUAUUUUUCAAGAUACAACAUUUUGGAGACCAAGUCCAGAAUUAAUAACACUCAAAAAUAAUCUACAUAAUGUAACAUUUUAUGACUUUCCUGGCAUCGCAUGCGCCUAUUGUUCUGUUUUAAUGUUUACCUCAGAAAUUUCCUGGGAACCAUUCAAUGAAAAUUUUGAAUACCCGUUAGCCCGUAAAUUUCCAAAUGAAAAACUACAUUUUCACCCUAAUUCAAGUAUACAAAAAAUAGCAAUAUGUAAUUCAUGUAAAUGCAAACAGAACAAACCUUCACCUCCCGAUCUAUUACCAAUUCCUAAUGAAAUUGCAGUUGUUCCAAUGUACAAUCGUCAAUUUCUAUCACCUAUACACUUACGAUGCUCAUUAGGAAGACACGCUGGAAGCAAUUCGUAUAUAAACUACAGACACCUUACAGGUUCUUUUGGUUAUUCAUGCAAUAUCCGUGCAUUAGCCUUAUAUUCUGGAGAGCUUGGCGCAUUUUUUUAUGAUUCAGACUCCUCACCGAACUGGUAUCAUCCAACAUUGUACAAUGCGAUUAAUUGGUUAAAGAGAAAUAAUCCAUAUUUACAACAUUUUAAACCAAGCUG